GCUGCUUCUCCGCUCAGGUGUAACAAACCUGAAGACGUCAUCCACCUGCCAGAAGCUACCUGACGACUCCUCCACGUGACGUUGUUGUCCAUCCACGCAAAUUUAAGGAAACCGGCAAUUUUGUCUCGCGCUCCGGGAAACAACCAACAAUCUUCGCCAAUCCAGUGGACCUUUGAGGGCUCUUCAGUUAUGGAUAAAUUAAAAUCAGUUUUAAGUGGUGAAGAGGCUCGCAGAGAUGACCGAACCGUUUUAGAGACUGUCAAUGAAGCCUCGACUCUGGGCUGGGGCACACGUGUGAAGGGAUUCAUCGCCUGUUUCGUGGUCGGAGCCGGCUUCACAGUUUUGGGAGUGGGAAUGCUCUGGAUCCCCAGGAUCGGGCUCACUAUCUUCAUUGUGUUUUACACUUUAGGAAACAUAUGUGCACUGGGGAGCACCAUGUUUCUGAUGGGGCCGAUGAAGCAGUUGAAAAGGAUGUGUGACAAAACAAGAGCGCUGGCCACCGCAAUUAUGAUUACUUGCCUUGUGUUGACUCUCUGCGCAGCCUUCUGGUGGAAGAACUUUGGACUGGCUUUGUUAUUUUGCAUCUUGCAAGUCUUGGCUUUUGCCUGGUACAGUCUGUCGUACAUUCCGUUUAUGAGGGAGGCAAUAUUGAAGUUGUUUGCAGUGUGCAUGAAGUGAGCCCCGUCUGUGUUCGGAGGGUUCGGUCUGGAUGAAGUGUUUUUUGGAAAGGGGCCGGUCUCUUACUGAAGUUACUGAAACGGCGUCCUCGUGGCUCGGCUUCAGAGAGUCUGAGACUCUUCCUGUUUUAUCUCCAAAGGUGUUUCUUUUUCUUGUUUAUGCUUUGUUCAUUGAGCUGAUUGAUUUUUGGUAUGUAUUGAUUACUUAUACCAAUUUUAAUGAGUGUGGGCUUGGUUUGUAAUAUGUGUAAAUAUCUGUAAUAAAUGAAUGUAGUAUUGGUUUUGUAAAUGAA